GUUUUUGAUGUUAUGGGCGGAUCCGCGCGUUCGUGUUCCCCAGAGUCACACCUUCUGCAGCCAGCUGUGCGUGACUUCUCUCCUGCCUGUUACAGCAGCUCGCCGUCCAUAACCCCCCCGAGCGUCGACGAUUAUGUGAUGGGGAGAAGAAAUAUUGGGCAGUGAUGACAAUUUCUAACGCUUUAGUAAUUGGGAGGGCUUGACAGCGCCUUUUAAUAAAUGCAGGGUCCUCCCCCGGGCAUGCUCCAUCUGAUCUGAGACAGGAGCUGGGAGUCUGGCGUGAUUAACAGGCAGUAUUUGGGCGUGUUUUGAGGAGAUGUGUUGCCCACUCAUUUCUGAUUUUCUUUGUUUAAUCGCAGUACAGAGAUCAGGAUUCCCAUCCCUUCUUCGCGCGCACCAGGGGGGUUGUUGUUUCGCUUUCAAGCAAAGCGUGAAUGACGGGGACGAGUCUGUGAGCAGAGCUGCAUCUCUCCGCUGAGACAAAGACCUGCUGCUUAGUGUCGUUAAUCGCGGGGAGGGAGCGGGCAGAGCUGAGUGUGAAGGAGGUGAGUCCGUAGGCAGGAACAGAGGGACCGAGGAGCCGCGCCGAGUCUCCACCAGGAGCUGCCGGACCAAAGACAGGCGCUGUCCGCUCAGCACCACCGCAGUCACCUUGUUGUGAAAGUCAGAAACACGCUCAGUGUACUCGGGAGUGAUCCGAUCAAUUGCCGCAACCCGGUGAGCCUAAUGAGCUGGAUUUGUUCCGCUAGCAGGGGGGAGAUCACCAGCGUUUGUCCCUUUUAUCUCGACAUCUUGGAUUCACCGACGAUGUGACGUCUCAUUCUUAAUGUGAUGCCAUUGGCUGCGAUCGUUUUGGAUUUCGAUUCCAUACCUUCCAGCGGCGAGUCUGGCGACAGGGAGCGUUAAUGAUCACCCAGUUGCAUGGCAGCUACUUGUAGAAAAUAUAGGGCUUAGAGGGGAUGUAGCCUGGUGCGUGUUAAACAGAUCAGAUUUCUUCCAUAGUUGGUGAGACAGGACGACAGGUUGCUUUGAGCGCAGCUUCCCUUAUGUAAUUGUUUCCGUCAGCGAUUACUUCUGUGCAUGGCUGCACGGCGCGCCUAGACUUACCUAAGCGAUGAAGGGAACUUAUUGGAGAAAUGCCUAGGGGACGCAAUGGGCCUGAGCGACGACAAGGAUCGCAUUGUGAUAAACGUGGGAGGGAUCAGACAUCAGACAUACCGCAGCACCCUGCGCACCCUACCUGGCACACGCUUGUCCUGGCUGGCCGAGCCUGAUGCACCCAACCACUUUGACUAUGAUGCCAAGAUCGAGGAGUUUUUCUUCGACCGCCACCCCGGCGUGUUUGCACAUAUCCUUAAUUACUAUAGGACAGGUAAACUGCACUGCCCGGCUGAUGUCUGCGGGCCGCUCUACGAGGAGGAACUGGCCUUCUGGGGGAUUGAUGAGACAGACGUGGAACCAUGCUGCUGGAUGACCUAUCGCCAACACCGGGAGGCAGAGGAGGCCCUUGAUAGUUUCGGCGGGGGAGGCCUAUUAGACCUGGGGAGCGACGAUGCGGAGCCAGAGCAGGAUCAUACUGAGGACGAUGUGGAUGAAAUGACAAGGAGGCUGGCACAGGGAGACUGCCCUGAUGCCAGGAGUGGAAGCCUGUGGAGCCGCUGGCAGAAGCACGUCUGGGCUCUGUUUGAGGACCCUUACUCGUCUAAAUAUGCAAGGUGGGUGGCUCUGGCCUCGCUGUUCUUUAUUCUGGUGUCCAUCACCACCUUCUGUCUGGAGACCCAUGAGGCCUUCAACCCCAUCAUCAACCGCACAGAAGUGGAGAUGGUAGAUAAUAUGACAGUGGAGAACACCUACCAGGAGGUGGAGACAGCGGCCUACCUCACCUACAUCGAAGGCGUUUGUGUGGUGUGGUUCACGUUUGAAUUUCUAAUGCGAAUAACUUUCUGCCCAAAUAAAUGUGACUUCAUUCGGAACGCCUUGAACAUCAUCGACUUUGUGGCCAUCCUACCCUUCUACCUAGAGGUGGGCCUCAGCGGACUCUCCUCCAAGGCAGCUAAGGACGUGCUGGGUUUCCUGAGAGUGGUCCGCUUCGUGCGGAUCCUGCGUAUCUUCAAGCUGACCCGUCACUUUGUGGGGCUGAGGGUGCUAGGCCACACGUUAAGGGCCAGCACCAACGAGUUCCUGCUCCUCAUCAUCUUCCUCGCCCUUGGUGUCCUGAUCUUUGCCACUAUGAUCUACUAUGCUGAACGUAUCGGAGCUAGCCCCAACGACCCACGAGCCAGCGAGCACACACACUUCAAGAACAUCCCGAUUGGAUUCUGGUGGGCUGUGGUGACCAUGACGACCCUCGGCUACGGAGACAUGUACCCUCAGACGACCUCUGGUAUGCUGGUUGGAGCCCUGUGCGCCCUGGCUGGUGUGCUGACCAUCGCCAUGCCCGUCCCCGUGAUUGUCAACAACUUUGGAAUGUAUUACUCGCUGGCCAUGGCAAAACAGAAACUACCAAAGAAAAAAAACAGGCAUAUCCCACGAGCGCCCCAACCCGGUUCUCCCAACUUCUGUAAGUCAAGCAUCAGCUCCCAGCCUCAGAGCCCUAUAGCCCAUGAUGACGUUUUCGAGAUAAAAUUUCAAGAUUCCAAGCUGAACGGUGAGGCAGCCAACGCAGCUCUGGCCAACGAAGAUUGCCCUCACAUAGACCAGGCCAUAUCUCCGGAGGAAAUCUUCAGCCCCGGCGACAGAGAGCGGCCCUGCUUCCUGGUCACCACGGCUGAACGCCCCAACCACACAGGUGGCAGAGUGAGGAGGGGUUAUGAAAAGCCUUGGAGCCUUAACAGCAUGUCUGGCAUGAGCGGGGAUGCCUCUGGAGUGUCCUCAGUGUCCGCCCUGCCCUGCAGCCCACCCUGUCUAAUGCAGCACUCACAUUCUCCCAUCCCAUCCAUUAUGUAGCAUGGUUGAGUAGCAGACACAAUGCCAUUGGAAGGCCAGUCCACACUCCUCCUCCUUAUCUUUCCUGUCAAAUUUUGUUUUUACACUUGCCUUCGCUCCUGCUUUUUUUCCAUUUUUAUUUCUUUACUUUUCUGGAAAACUGUAUCUUAACUGUGCUUACUCUUAAGCUUCCCAAGUGUUCUCCUUGGGUGUGUCAUCAUAUCCUAGACUAGAAAACAUUGGCACAUGCCACUCUGCAUGGGUCACCACAGUUGCAGACAAAGCACUGUUCUACUUCUACCACAGGCUAACCCCACUCUUUUCCUUCUGUUUAAACCAUUGCCUGUUGCUCUGUUGCUUUUGAUCUCUCAUACUUUUUCCUGCCAAUAACUCUUCUCUCAUUUGCUUUUUACAAUUUUGUGAAAGAAUUUUUCAUAAGAUGUAACCCCUGCUAACAAUAUGCUGGACAUUAACAAUACAUGGCUUUUAAACAUAUCCAAAAGCUGUUAAGGGAACUCCUCUUAAGUGCUUUGUACGUUGCAAAGUAGAGACGUUAUCAUUCUGAGAGUGCAAUCCAGACAAUGUUACCUGAGUGGCCACUAAAAAAAAAAGAAAAAAAAAAGAAAUAUUUGAACAUGAUGUUCAUGGUGUCCAAUGCAACAUGGAGAUGACGACAAUUCCUAUGAUAUCAGUGAUGAAUACAUCUAAUGUUAAACGGAACAGAAAUGUCUGUUCAUUUGCAUGAACUGCAUGAAAAAUUAUGUUCAACAAGAAGCUAACUGUAUCACAGUACCUGUAAGAAAAAAUGAAAAAAAAAAAUUUUCUUUCAAAAGCUUCUAAAGCUUUGUCAUUUUAUGCAUUUUGAGAGAGCUUUACAAGAGACUCAGUCAUAGCAGAGAUUUUUAUGUAGCUGCCAUUCUUUGCCUUUCCCCAAAUUCAUAUAUUUAUUUUCUUGUAUUCGUUUGACUGGGGCCUCCAACUAAAAUAGUGGGAUCUGUCGUAAAGCCAACUAAUGCUGUUAUGAGCAUAAAUAGUUUUUAUAUAUUUACUGGUUAGCAAUGACUUUUUAAACAGUAUCAGUGGUCUGCAGCAACUUCUAUUACUGCUGUGCUGCUAAAUUAAGGCAGGACUCAUGAAUUAUGAAACAACGGUGCCUUCGUACCUGGUGAGGCAAAGCAAAAGUGAGUUAUAAAUUGACACGAUAUUACGUAAGUGCUCCCAGUGUAGCAUCAUUACACUUUGUACCAUGCUCAUAACAGUAACAGUAACAAAAGCUUUAUUUUAUACAACCCUCGUACCCUUAAUCACGGUAAAAAUGCCAUCCUGGUUAGUGUUGUUACGCCACUGAACACAGACUUAACUUUUAGGGGGAUACAUAGCACCGAGAAAGGAAAAAAAAAGACUUAACAGUCCCCAUCUUUUUGUAUAUUAAAGCACAAAAUGUUGUAAAAGGGGACCAGGCAACUGUAAAGAGCCAAAAUAUAUUGAGUUACGAUCAACCAGAGAUGUCACAAUGACUUCUACAGUAUGUAUGUCUACUGAUUUAUAACGUCAAUACAUCUACUGUUACAGGUAUUGAUACUGUCCCAAUAAUUAUGCACAAGUCUUUCAGGGCACUUUAACAAAUUUUAUGUUGACCAAUCAGAAAUGUUAAUUUCUAGGAGAAGAUAGCGUACAGUAAUUAUAGCAACUCAGCUAAGUUUUGUUUUUUAUUCAUUUUGAGUCAUGUCUCUUGUGGUAAUUAUUGGACGUUAUAUAUUUGGUUAAAAAAAAAAUCUUGUAAAGAUUUGAUGUGAAGAGAUGCAGGUGAAUUAUAUGCUCAUGCAAUUCAAGUGGGGGGGGUGAAAAUACGACGUAGUGUGGGAUUUGGGUCUCCUUGGGGAAAGGUAAAUGCAUGUAUUUUCCAUUUAUGCAACAGAAAAGUAUUUAAAUAAAAUAUGUAAAUAUAAGUCCUUGCAUGAAAUAAAUUUUGUACUCAA